AUGCAGCUCAAGCAUGGCACCAAGUUGCGACGCUAUAUUUUCAUGCAACAAGGACUGAUCGGAAUAGCUCAGGGGAUCUCGACUCUGUUCCUGCUUGAGAAAAGAUCAAAUCCGAGCGACGCUUGGAUUGCUGGUAUCACCGGCGGAAUGAAUUUCGUCCUCAGUCUGGUAAUUGUGGGGCAUUUCGGAGUAGACCUCUAUCCGGAGAACGUUGACGAAGGGGUGAGAGUCUCAAACACCGCGAAUGAUUGCUGCUCGUGCCCAGAGGAGAGCGAGACUAAUCCUUCACUAUUUUCCUCCGUGAAGCAAGACAAAGCGGUGCUGAUGAUAGCGGCCGCAGUUCUCGGAAACUUGAUGGCGCUGGGUUUGAUCUUGAAUCGAAAUAGAGGUCCGGAAUUGUCGAGGAUGCUCACUUUCCAGGAGGAAGGGAUUUCUCUUCAAGCCUUUGCGGUUUUCUUCCACCUCACCGUAUACGUCACCGUUCUGUUGGUUAUCAGUUUAGUCACCUACUGUUUGAUAUAUCUAAUGACUGGGGAUGCUACUGCCGACCCGGAGAAAGCAAAGGAGAAGAACAAGAACAAGAAGGAGCGAGCAAACCACAGGAACCCACCCGAGGUCCUCGUAGAUGAACCGGUCAACGAGGCGAAUGGUAUGCGGAAAGAAGCCUAUUUCGUGGCGCCUAGAAGCGAUGAAGACAGAAACAGAGUCUGCUCCAAUGAUCGUGGAGCACAUGGUCCAAGGCACUUCAACAGAAAGCCUUCUUCGCUCUGCUCGCGCGUAGUGCCGGUUCGGCGAAACUCGAGCAGAUCCGAGCGACCGCACCAAGCUGCUUCCAGCGACGACGAUUUUGCCAUUCCUCAUCGGAACCCGACGCACCGGAGACGGGACAGCAUUUAUCCCGUUGCACCUCCGCCCCCUCCCCACCCCCGCCGCCAGCAUUCUGGGCUUCUCAGUGGACACGGAAAACUAAUCAGAUAA